AUGAUUAAUGAUUACAUUCUUUUGUUCUUUUUUCAUUUUCCAGCUCCCCGAUCGCACACGUCAUGUCCAAGUCCAAACAAUCUUCCUCCACUUCAAUUCCACAAUGUUCAUGGUGACAACAUUCGAAUUUCUCGAGAUGGAAAAAUUGCUCGUCGUUAUGAAAGCUUCUGCAAAGGCAUCACAUUCAGUGCACGACCAGUGAAGGUUCAAGAGCGUGUUUGUGUUCGUUUUGCUGAAAUUUCAAACAAUUGGAGUGGAGUAAUUCGAUUUGGUUUCACGUGCAUGGAUCCAACAUCACUUGAAGGAACAUUGCCAAAAUAUGCAUGUCCGGAUCUCACAAACAAACCAGGAUUUUGGGGAAAAGCACUUCAUGAACGUUUCUGUCAACGUGACAAUGUUCUCUUCUACUAUGUCUCAUCAUCUGGUGAAGUUCAUUACGGAAUUAAUGGAGAAGAGAAAGGACUUUUCAUCACAGAUGUUGACACACGUGGACCACUUUGGGCUAUGAUUGAUAUUUAUGGAAAUUCAACAGCUUGUGAGUUUCUCGAUUCGCGAACUUAUAUGUGCAACAACAACAUGAAUGUUCAGCAACCAAAUCGUCAGUUAAUGCCACUACCAUCAAUACCAACCCAAGACAUUUACGAUAUUAACGAGAGAAUCCAAAAUGUUAAUCUCUCAGUUGAAGCAGUCAAUCGUCGACAAACCAUUCACAGCUCAAAUAAUCUUCUCAAUCAAAAUGUUAUCAAUGGAUAUCAACCAAUGCAACUUCAUCCACUUAUUGGACGUAAUGUUGUGUUGACACAAGAUCGAACAAUUGCAACUCGUGUUGAUAAUGAAUUUUGUCAAGGCUACGUCUUCACACAACGUCCAAUCAAAUAUGGAGAACAAUUUAUUAUUCAAAUUCUAAAGAACGAUUCACUUUAUGGUGGAUCAUUGGCACUUGGAUUGACAUCAUGUAAUCCAAAUAGUUUGAUAUCAUCUGACCUUCCUGACGAUGCUGAUGUUCUCUUAGAUCGUCCCGAAUAUUGGGUUGUGAGUAAAGAUAUCGGACAGAUUGUGCAAUUGUCACGGGGUGAUGAAAUUAAAUUCAGUGUGUUGAUGAGCGGUGAAGUUCAAAUAAGUCGCAAUGACAACGCACCAAUUACUUUGAUGUAUGUUGAUCAAAGUCUACAAUUGUGGGCUUUCUUUGAUGUUUAUGGAUCGACACAAGGAAUCAGAGUUCUCUCAAAACAUGCACAAAUGCCACCUGCUUAUCAACAACCACCACAGCCACUUUCAAUUCAGAAGGCAUUGAACGCUUCAGUUCCUUUGAAUCAUCGAGUGAUGCCAGCACAAGCACAAGUUCCAAAUGAAGCGAAUCUUAGUUCACGAUCUGUUGGAACAACUACUUCAAUUAUUAGUGGAACACCAAAUGGUGAUAUUCAAGUUCAAUCAAGUGGUACUGUUCUAGUCGUGAAUCUUCCUCCAGCACCACCAGCUCCAGUCAAAUCAUCAUCAAGUCAGCCAACGAUGAUACGCGGACGAAGUGCAACACGAGUGUCUGAAAGUUCAACUUCACUUUAUGCUGCAGUUCCAUGCAAGAAGCAACAAAAUGCGCCUUUUGUUGAUGCACAUGGAACUGUUUACGGAACUGUAUCAAAUUAUGGACCGAACGACCCAUCCAAUGGUGUUGAUUGUACAAUUUGUUAUGAGAAUCCAAUCGAUUCUGUUCUUUAUAUGUGCGGUCACAUGUGUAUGUGCUAUGAUUGCGCAAUGAAACAUUGGCGUGGUGGAAUUAACGGAGGUGCUUGUCCAUUAUGCCGUGCACCGAUUCGCGAUGUUAUUCGAACAUACAAAUCUUAAAUUGGACUCAACGAGAAGAGAAAAAAAGAAGAAUUUUCUAGUCAAAAGAUUUGGAACAUCGCUGGAUGCACCACAAAGCACAUGACAUUGCGUAUUUCGAACACAAAGAUUUGCCAAAAACUAAUUUUUAGAAAGAAAAAACUUUUCAUAGGAAAAUUUUCGUUUUACUGAAAUUUCUUUUACGAAUACGAGAAUUAUGAUUUAGAACAAAAUUUUGAGAACCGAAAAUUAAAAAUUCAAAGUUGAAGCUUUGUAGAAACUUUUUAAUAUUUUAAUUGUUCAUCAAGACAAGAUGUCAAUUUUCUCAAGAUUUUCUUCUCUUUUUUGUAAAAUUUAAAUACACAAAGAUCAAACAAUUUGUAAUUAAUUUGUAGGAAUAUGAAGAAACUGUUGUUAAAUUAGAAUUUAAAUUAUGAACAAGGAUUAAAUGUAUUCAAAUGUAACUGGAAAAAAGGCGACAAAUUAAAAAAAAGUUUUUCGUAUUAUAAAAGAAAUGUUUUACGUUUUUUUUAUGAUUUCAACAAGUUUUUCAUCGAAGGAAUGUUGGCAAUUUAGUCUACAUUAAAUGUUUUGAUACAGAAAUUUUAUUUAGGUGCAGGAUGAUUUCUUAACGCAUGAAAGUUAUACAAUUCACAAUACUCAGAAUAUUUUUAGGUUUU